UUCAUCGCAUUACCUUCCCAAUAAUUACACUAAGGCCCCAUUCAUCCCCAUCCCCCAUCAUUCGCCAGAAUUUGGCAAAACGCGUCAGGAUGGCAGUGGCCGUCACGGAGGACCUCGGAUCAUCCUUGCAAAAAGGUCUCUCCGAGUGGUGGAACGAGGAAACGGAGUACGUCUUCCAGAGGAUAGAACGUUGGGCGGCCUUGGCGCGAGGUUACAACAGGUUAAGGUCGCAAAGACUGUCCCGAGGUCGCCUAACGAUGCAAGAGGAGCAAGAAUCCCGGUGGAGCAUCUCCUCGAACAAGCUGGUGAUCGACGACCCGUCCUGGAGUCCGCAUUUCCACACCAUGAAGAGGUCCCACCGGAGAAAGUCUCGCCCAGAAGAGACCAAGAUCAACUGUUGCGGAACCUUCAACUACCAGUCGAACGGUGACUUGGACAGCACUUGUCUGGAAACGUACAGGUACGACCACAGCAUCUACUUCAAGACGGUUGGUGAGAUCAGGAGCAGCAGGAAGGACCCGGGAAGAGGAAGCGACCAGGAAGAGGGAUCUGUCAUCAGUGACGAGCAGGUGGAGUGGGAGGUCAGAUCGGUGCCCAUUUUGGGCGGUGAUCGAGGUUCCUUCCAGGAUCGGUUUGAGAACAACAAUCGGUACGAGGAGCCCGAUUUCGGAUACACCACGGACCGAUAUCCGGACUCUGAGGACAAAUUUGACGACGUUCAGCCCAGCUGGCCGAUCGUGGAUCUUGGAAAUCUCAGUCUAAAUGUGGACAACGAGAGCGGAGAGAUGGAGAAUGGCACGGAACAGACCUUGGAGGUGGAGAUCGAGGAUACUUUCGAGUGGGGAAACAACAAUAACAUUGACAGUGGCUUUGACGAGGCUAUCAACGAGAAGGAUAAUAUCGAAAAGUCCUGGAGAACGAGAAGGUCCCCGGCUCGGGUUCGACAAUCGGUCGUUUCCGGUGACAACAACGUCACAUGGCCUGGCGUUCUCUUAAACUACACUAAGAACAUCGAUCCGAUCACCUCGCCGCAUCAUCACGCAAUAAACGCGAAGUAGAGAACUCCAUAAACCCCCUUUUAAAAUAUGUCUUGACGUUGAAACGAAGGAAUUCAGAGGAAUCUUGAGGUUGAUCCGGGCGGAUAUACCGAACUUUGGCGUAAAGAUACUCGGUAGCGCUCGCUUCGUUUAAAAAGUACUUGGCCCGAAACUCUACCGAGUUUUUUGAUAUCAGGAAGAGACAUUAUCGACAAUGGGAAGUCACAAGGGACUAAUUAGUUGCUAUUCGUAUACGUAGGAUCUGGGAAAGUGUCGGUAGAGCGAAUCGAUGAUUUCAAUUAGCGAAGUGCCAAAAAGCUAACGACCCUAUCGCAUUUUCAGUUCACUCUUGUCCCCAAUCGGACGCGAUUUGGCUGACAAGUGUUGUAGCCGACAGUCUCACAAAGUCAUUUUUUACCCGCGCAACAAUUAAACCUUAAUGUACUAGGAUAGUCAAUAAAACUGCAUAAAGGAUUACGA